GAGGGCGGGCCUGGCACAAUGAGACAGCUUUCCUGUCCCGGAGCAGCUGCUUCACCAACCUCAGCUGCAGCCCCACACUCGCGCAGAGGAAUGCUAGCUAUUCCUGCAGAAAACCUCUUCGCCUUAGGGAUGGGUUUAUUUCAGGUUUAUUUAUUUCAGAUUUUGUGAGUAUAUUGCAAAAAGAAGCUUCCUAGAGGAGGGUUGAAAGAUGACCUAUUUAUGGGUACAACGUGCCACCAGAAGAUAUUACCUGGGUGCAGUGGAACUGUACUGGAACUAUAGACAGAGUGACAUGCUCAAUGUGCUGCACAUGGACACAAGAUUUCUUCCUAGAAUGCCAACAUCUUUUCCAUUCAACACCUCCAUCAUGUACAAAAAGACUGUGUUUGUAGAAUACAUGGACCACCUCUUCAACAUGGCUAAGCCCAGGCCACCUUGGAUGGGUCUUCUGGGUCCUACUAUUUGGACUGAAGUUCAUGACACUGUGGUCAUUACACUUAAAAACAUGGCUUCUCAUCCUGUCAGUCUCCAUGCUGUUGGUGUUUCCUACUGGAAAGCUUCUGAGGGAGCUGAAUAUGAAGAUCAGACAAGCCAAAGGGAGAAGGAAGAUGAUAAAGUUUUUCCUGGUGAAAGUCAUACCUAUGUUUGGCAUGUCCUGAAAGAGAAUGGCCCAAUGACCUCUGACCCUCCAUGUCUCACGUAUUCAUAUCUAUCUCAUGUGGAUCUGGUGAAGGAUUUAAAUUCAGGCCUCAUUGGAGCUUUGCUAGUAUGUAAAGAAGGAAGUCUGUCCAAAGAAAGAACACAGAUGCUGCAUCAAUUUGUACUACUUUUUGCUGUGUUCGAUGAAGGGAAGAGCUGGCAUUCAGAAACAAAGGACUCCUUCACACAGGCUAUGGAUUCAACAUCUGCUGUAGCCUGGCCUAAAAUGCACACAGUGAAGUCUGAUUGGAUGCCAUAGGAAAUCAGUCUACUGGCAUGUGAUUGGAAUGGGAACUGCCCCUGAAAUACACUCAAUAUUCCUCGAAGGUCACACAUUUCUUGUGAGGAACCACCGCCAGGCAUCCUUGGAAAUAUCACCAAUAACUUUCCUUACUGCUCAGACACUCUUGAUAGAUCUUGGACAGUUCCUGAUAUAUUGUCAUAUCUCUUCCCAUAGGCAUGAUGGCAUGGAAGCUUAUGUCAAAGUAGAUAGCUGCCCUGAGGAACCCCAAUGGCAGAAGAAAAAUAAUGAGGAAAUGGAAGAUUAUGAUGAUGAUCUUGAUUCAGAAAUGGACAUGUUCAUAUUGGAUGAUGGCAACUCUCCUUUUAUCCAAAUUCGCUCUGUUGCCAAGAAGUACCCUAAAACUUGGAUACAUUAUAUUUCUGCUGAGGAGGAAGACUGGGACUAUGCUCCUUCAGUUCUCACCUCAGAUGAUGGAAGUUAUAAAAGCCAGUAUCUGAGCAAUGGUCCUCAUCGAAUUGGUAGGAAAUACAAAAAAGUCAGAUUUAUAGCGUACACAGAUGAAACCUUUAAGACCCGUGAAACUAUCCAGCAUGAAUCAGGAAUCUUGGGACCUUUACUUUAUGGGGAAGUUGGAGACACAUUGUUGAUUGUAUUUAAGAACCAAGCAAGCCGACCAUAUAACAUUUACCCUCAUGGAAUCACUGAUGUCAGCCCGCUACACUUAAGAAGAUUGCCAAGAGGUAUAAAGCAUGUGAAGGAUUUGCCAAUUCGUCCAGGAGAGAUAUUCAAAUAUAAAUGGACAGUUAGUGUAGAAGAUGGACCAACUAAAUCAGAUCCACGGUGCCUGACCCGCUAUUAUUCAAGUUUCAUUAAUCCUGAGAGAGAUCUAGCUUCAGGACUGAUUGGCCCUCUUCUCAUCUGCUACAAAGAAUCUGUAGAUCAAAGAGGAAACCAGAUGAUGUCAGACAAGAGAAAUGUCAUCCUGUUUUCUCUAUUUGAUGAGAACCAAAGCUGGUACAUCACAGAGAACAUGCAACGCUUCCUCCCCAAUGCAGCUGAUACACAGACCCAGGACCCUGAGUUCCAGACUUCCAACAUCAUGCACAGCAUCAAUGGCUAUGUCUUUGGUAGCUUGCAGUUGACCAUUUGUUUGCAUGAGGUGGCCUACUGGUACAUUCUUAGUGUUGGAGCACAGAAGGACUUCUUAUCGAUCUUCUUCUCUGGAUAUACAUUCAAACACAAAAUGGUCUAUGAAGACACACUUACCCUGUUCCCAUUCUCAGGAGAAACUGUCUUUAUGUCGAUGGAAAACCCAGGGCUAUGGGUCUUGGGAUGUCAUAAUUCUGACUUUCGGAAAAGAGGUAUGACAGCCUUGCUGAAAGUUUCCAGUUGUGACAAGAGCACUAGUGAUUAUUAUGAAGAAAUAUAUGAAGAUAUUCCAACACAGUUGGUGAAUGAUAACAAUGUCAUUGAACCUAGAAGCUUUUUCCAGAAUUCAAAUCAUCCUAACACUAGAAAAAAAUUCAAAGCCACCACAAUUCUAGAAAACUAUAUAGAGAAGAUUGAGCCUCAGUUUGGAGAGACAGCAGAGUGGCUAAAAGUACAAAGUGUCUCCUCUAGUGACUUGUUGAUGCUCUUGGGGCAGAGUCAUCCUACUCCACAUGGUUUAUCUUUAUCAGAUGACCAAGAACCCAUCUAUGAGGCUAUUCCUGAUGAUCAUUCACCUGACACAAUCGACAGCAAUGAAGGCCCAUCUAAAGUGACCCAAGUCAGUGCAGAACCCUAUCAAAGUAGGAAAAUACUAUUUAAUCCUGAGCCAGGCCUCCAGUCAAGAUCAAAUAAAAAGUUGGAGACAACUAUAGAAGUAAAGCAGAAGAAACUUGAUUUGCAAGUUUCUAGUUUGCCAAAUAAUCUGAUGACCACAAUUCUGUCAGACAAUUUGACAGCAAUUUCUGAAAAGACAGAUGAUUCAGGAUCUCCAGAUAGGUCAGUUCACUAUGUUAGUAAAUUAAGCACAAUUGCAUUUGGUAAAAAACCAUGUCCCUCUAUGGGGUCUCAUGUACCUCUAAGCAUUAGUGGAGUAAAUAGUGAUUCCAACCUGUUGGAUACAACUUUAAUGAAUAAUCAAAGUUCAACAGGAGAUAAUAUGUCAUCAAUGGACAGCGAUAGAUUACUCAAAGAAAAGAGAUUUCAUGGAAUUGCUUUCUUAGCCAAAGAUAACACUUUAUUCAAAGAUAUUACCUCUUUGAUGAAAAUAAACAAGACAUACAAUCAUUCAGCAACUAAUAAAAAAGCUCACAUUGACAGCCCAACUUCAAUUGAGAAUAGUACAGCAGUCUUGCAAGAUACUAUAUUAAAAAUCAAUAGUGAAAUUCAAGAAUUAACAUCUUUGAUUCAUGAUGGAACACUUUCAGGCAAAAAUACUACAUAUUUGGGGCUGAACCAUAUGCUAAAUAAAACUGCCUCAUCAAAAAAUAAAGAAAUAUUUCAUCAAAAAGAUGAGGAUCCUGUUCCACAAGAUACAGAAAAUACAAUCAUGCCAUUUUCCAAGAUUCUAUUCUUAUCAGAAUCAGAAAAUUGGAUGAAACAAACAAAUGGAAAUAACUCCUUGAUCUCUGAGCAAGGGCCUAGUCCAAAGCAAUUAGUAUAUUUAAUGUUAGAUAAGUCUAUGAAAAAUCAGAAUUUUUUGUCAGAGAAGAAUAAAAUGAUAGUAGCAAAGGAUGAAUUCACAAAGGACACGGGACUCAAACACAGGGUUUUCCCAAGCAAAACGAGCAUAUUUCUUACCACCUUGGCUAAUGUACAAGAAAAUGAUAUGUACAAUCAAGAAAAAGAUAUUCAGAAAGAGAUAGAGAAGAAAGCAUCAAUCAAAGAAAAAGUAGUUUUGCCUCAGGUGCAUAUAGCAACUAGCUCUAAGAACUUCCUGAAAGACAUUUUCUCUCUAGGCACUAGGCAAAAGGUAAGUUUAGAUGGAGAUAUAUAUAUACCAAUACGUCAAGAUAUCAGAUCAAUAAACAACUCAACAAAUACAGUAGAGAUUCACAUGGUCCAUUUCUUUAAAAGAAGGGAGGAUGAGGAAACAAAUUCAGAAGGCUUGGUAAAUAAAACCAGAGAAACAGCAAAGAACUAUCCAAGCCAGAAGAAUAUUAUUGCUCUUCGUAGUAAACGAACUUUGGGACAAUUCAGACUCCCACUAGAAGAAAUGGAGAUUGAAAAGCAACAAAUUGUAAAUAAUGACUCAACUCUGUGGCCUCAAACCAUGAACUAUUUGACACAGAUAGACCACAGCAAAGAAGGGGAAACGUCCAUUAUUCAGUCUUCCUUAUCAGAGUCUUCUAUGACUAAAAGCACCACUCAGACCAAUAGUUCUGGAUUACACAUUGUAAAAGCAUCAGCAUUUCCACCAACAGAUCUCAGGAGGAUUCCAUUCCAAGACAAAAUUUUUCAUGUUCUAGCAUCAUCCUACACUUAUGACUUUAAGACAAAAAGUUCUAGAAUUCAAGAAAGCAGUCAUUUCUUAAAAGAAAUCAAAAUAAAUAACUCUUCUUUAACCAUCCUACCAUGGGAGAUGAUCAUAAAUCAAGGAAAAUUUGCCUCCCCAGGGACAAGUAAUACAAACUCAGUCACAUAUAAGAAACUUGGAAACAUUGUUCUCUUUAAACCAGUCUUGUCUGAAGAAUCUGGCAAAGUUGAGUUGCUUCCUCAAGUUUUGAUUCAUGAGAAACAACUUUUACCUACAAAAACUAGCCAUGAAUCUCCUGGGCACCUGGAUCUCAUUAAAGAAGUCUUUCUUCAGAAAACACGGGGGCCUAUUAAAUGGGAUAAAGCAAAGAGAAAUGGGAAAAGUCUGAAAGGAACAAGGGAGAGCUCUGAAAAGACUCCCUCUAAACUGCUGGAUAAUCUUGCUUGGGAUAACCAUCAUGCUGCACAGAUACCAAAAGAUAAGUGGAAAUCCAAAGAGAAGUCACCAGAAAUUACAUCUGUUAAGAGAGAGGACACCAUUUUGUCUCUGAACCCUCAUGAAGACAAUCAUUCAGUAGUGGCAAAUGAGAAACAAAAGUGGCCCCAAAUAGAAGCCUCUUUGGUAAAGCAAGGUCAGAUCCAAAGGUUGUACUCUCAAAAUGCACCAGUCUUAAAACGCCAUCAAAGGGAACUUAGUGCACUUCAGUCAGAACAAGAAGCAACUGACUAUGAUGAUUCUAUCACCAUUGAAACAAAUGAGGAUUUUGACAUUUAUGGUGAAAAUAUAAAGCAGGAUCCCCGCAGCUUUCAACAGAAGACACGGCAUUAUUUUAUUGCAGCUGUGGAGCGGCUCUGGGACUAUGGGAUGAGUACAUCUCCUCAUGUUCUACAAAAUAGGGAUCAAAGUGGUAAUGCACUUCAGUUCAAGAAAGUAGUUUUUCAGGAAUUUACUGAUGGCUCCUUUAGUCAACCCUUAUACCGGGGAGAACUAAAUGAACAUUUGGGAUUGUUGGGGCCAUAUAUAAGAGCAGAAGUUGAAGACAACAUUAUGGUAACUUUCAGAAACCAGGCCUCUCGUCCCUACUCCUUCUAUUCUAGCCUCAUUUCUUAUAAGGAAGAUCAGAGACAAGAAGAACCUAGAAGAAACUUUGUCAAGCCUAAUGAAACCAAAAUUUAUUUUUGGAAAGUACAACACCAUAUGGCACCCACGGAAGAUGAGUUUGACUGCAAGGCCUGGGCUUAUUUCUCUGAUGUUGAUCUUGAAAAAGAUAUGCACUCAGGAUUAAUUGGACCCAUACUGAUUUGCCAUGAGAACACACUGAAUCCUGCUCAUGGGAGACAAGUGGCAGUACAGGAAUUUGCUCUGUUUUUCACUAUCUUUGAUGAGACCAAGAGCUGGUACUUCACUGAAAAUGUAGAAAGGAACUGCAAGACACCAUGCAAUAUCCAGAUGGAAGACCCCACUUUGAAAGAGAAUUAUCGCUUUCAUGCAAUCAAUGGUUAUGUGAUGGAUACCCUACCAGGCUUAGUAAUGGCUCAAGAUCAAAGAAUUCGAUGGUAUCUUCUCAGCAUGGGUAGCAAUGAGAACAUCCAAUCUAUUCAUUUCAGUGGACAUGUGUUCACUGUACGGAAAAAAGAGGAGUACAAAAUGGCAGUGUACAACCUCUAUCCAGGAGUUUUUGAGACAGUGGAAAUGCUACCAUCCAGAGCUGGAAUUUGGCGAGUAGAAUGCCUUAUUGGCAAGCACUUACAGUCUGGAAUUUUCACUCUUUUUCUGGUGUACAGCAAGCAGUGCCAGAUUCCUCUGGGAAUGGCUUCUGGAAGCAUCAAAGAUUUUCAGAUUACAGCUUCAGGACACUAUGGUCAGUGGACCCCAAACCUGGCCAGACUUCAUCAUUCUGGAUCAAUCAAUGCCUGGAGUACCAAGGAGCCCUUUUCUUGGAUCAAGGUAGAUCUGUUGACACCAAUGAUUAUUCAUGGCAUCAAGACUCAGGGUGCCCGUCAGAAAUUUUCCAGCCUCUACAUCUCACAGUUUAUCAUCAUGUAUAGUCUUGAUGGAAAGAAGUGGUUGAGUUAUCGAGGAAAUUCCACUGGAACUUUAAUUGUCUUCUUUGGCAAUGUGGAUUCAUCUGGGAUUAAGCACAAUAGUUUUAAUCCUCCAAUUAUUGCUCGGUAUAUUCGUUUACAUCCCACUCAUUCUAGUAUCCGCAGUACUCUUCGAAUGGAGUUGAUGGGCUGUGAUUUAAACAGUUGUAGCAUACCAUUGGGAAUGGAGAAUAAAGUAAUAUCAGAUACACAAAUUACUGCCUCAUCCUACUUCACCAAUAUGUUUGCCAGUUGGUAUCCUUCACAAGCUCGACUUCACCUCCAGGGAAGGACUAAUGCCUGGCGACCUCAGGUGAAUGAUCCAAAAGAAUGGUUGCAAGUGGACUUACAAAAGACAAUGAAAGUCACUGGAAUAAUAACCCAGGGAGUGAAAUCUCUCUUUACCAGCAUGUUUGUGAAAGAGUUCCUUAUCUCCAGCAGUCAAGAUGGCCAUCACUGGACUCACAUUUUACACAAUGGCAAAGUAAAGGUUUUUCGGGGCAAUCAGGACUCAUCCACACCUAUGGUAAAUUCUCUAGACCCACCAUUACUCACUAGAUAUCUUCGAAUUCACCCCCAGAUCUGGGAGCACCAAAUUGCCCUUAGGCUUGAGAUCCUGGGAUGUGAAGCACAGCCGCUGUACUGAGGUGGUUUCUGCAUCCUCUGCUUGUUACCCUUUGCCUCCUUCUUCAGCUCCAGGAUUGUCUUAGUCAGUGUGUUAUUUCUGUGAAGAUUCAUCAUGACCAUGGCAACUCCUAUCAAAGGAAGCAUUUAAUUGUGGCUUGCUUGUAAUUUCAGAGGUUUACUCCAUUAUUGUCAUGGUGGGGAGCAUGGUAGCAUGUAGGCAGACAUGGUGCUGGAGAAGUAAAUAGAUAAGCGUUCUACAGCUGGAUCCACAGACUGGAGGAAGAGAGAGAAUGGGGCUGGCAUGGGCUUAUUAAACCUCGAAGUCCAUCCCCAGUGACACUUCCUCCAACAUGGCCACACCUAUUACAACAUGACCAUACCUCCUAAUCCUUCCCUGUAACUCUACUCCCUAAUGACUAAUAAUUUGAAUAUAUGAGACUACGGGGGCCUUUCUUUUCAAACCACAAGGAUAUCCCCUCACCAAUUCAAGACCAGCAUCUCUCUAAAGUUUCCACAUGCGUAUUGCCCCCCACUGCUCAUGCCCCCAUCAUUUUUAAAACCGUACAAUCAUAUAUGACUCUACUCUGAAAGACUCCAAAUUAUUAAUUCUACAUUUUAUGAAAACUUAAGUCUCAAGAGAUUCAUAAUGGAAGUUGUAAAGCAUCACACUAAAUUUUAUACUUUCAGUAUCAAAUAUACUUUAUGCACUACCAAAACAAACAAAAAAAACUCUGUGUCAGAAUCAAAACUAGAAAAACAAUCAGCUUAUGCCCUUCUUAAAUAACUCAUGUCCAUUACUUGCAGUCAUUCCUAAUUCCCUUAUAUUUACCCUUUCUUGAUCUCUUUUCUUAAUGUUAUAUAGUACCCAGAUGUACAUUUGUUUACAUAUAUACAUAUGCUAUUGGCUAGAUUCUGCAUAUGAGAGAGAAUAUGUAGGGGUUUUCCUUUCUGGAUUGUAUGACCUAGCUUAAUAAUAUACAUUCUAAGUCUAUCCAUGUUCCUGCACACUUUACCUUCAUUUAAACCUUAAUUUAAAACCUGAAACACUGAAACUUUUAGAAGAAAAUACAGGGGUUCCCUUCAAGAUAUCAGGGCAGGCAAGAACUUUUUUAAUCAAACACCAACAGCACAGGAACUAACCCCAAAUAUCAACAGAUGGGACUACAUGAAAACAAAUCUAUACUACAUCUAUACUUCUACAUAUAUACUACAGAAACACACCAUGGUAGCAAAUGAUAGUCCACCAGAGUAUACAUUCAAACUUUGCAGCCCAGGAUGAUUUGAAAAUAGGAGAGAAAAAAUGUAUCUCAGUCUCAGAAAAAGCAAAAGAAUGCAUGUGGCUGUUGUUUCAUCCUAGUGCAUUUUCUAGUAUUCCUACUUGACCGUUCUGUGACCUCUUUGAGAAUUAUGAUACCACUGUCACAACUGUUAUUAUCCACAAAUGACAAAACUACAGAUGAUAUGGUUUUAUUGCCUAUAAGAUUCUAACCACUUAUAUCUAAAAAUAAUCUGAUUUUGACAGUCUUUUUCCAUUGGUGAUGCAGCACUAUUUCUCAAACGUUCUUGAAACUAUCUGUUUUGUCUUCAGACAUCAGUUAAAUAAAACAUUGAUGCAUACAAAUAAA